UGACUCAAAGUUAUAAUUUCUUUCGUCACUUUAUUUUUCAAUUUGCCAAUUAAUAGACUUCAGCUCAUUAUCGCAAACCAGGAGUUAUAGUUAUGUCCCCCUGUCGUACAGAAGUAUUGUUGGGUCUCGCGCUGUACAGACAUUGACUUUUGUUGUAUAGGUGUACGUAUACGGGAAUUGUAUUAAUUACUACAGUUAGCCACGUGAUAUAUUUUGACAAGAGGCGCUAACAAUGUGGAAUGCCUUGGACAAUAAAUAUCUCACUACAUCUAGUGUCGCCCAUGUUUGACAUCCUAGCUGUCUACCAUCAUCAAGCACAGAGAGGACAUGACAGUCUAUAUCCUGUCCUGACAGACCGCAGACGACAGUCGCUGCCUCUUAUAAACUUGGUGCUGCUGAGGGGAGACCACUGUCAGCCAUGUCUGGUCCCCCGCCGUCUGCUUCACAACAGGGACAAUGCUGGAAAGGAGACCCUGGAGGAGAAAGUUCUAGAGGCGGCGGAAGAGUCGAAGUUUACCUACACGCCGUGACCGACGAACAGGCUGAACUACUUCAGAAUACAGAAAGCAUACGAAUACUUGACGAGGUGAGCAAACAGUCAGGCGCUGACGUAAACUUUGAUGUCAACUCGUCACCUGUACUCGGUAGGAAGGUUGUCACCAUACGUGGUGUUCCAUCUCAGAUCGACGAAGCAGUCAAGCUCAUCAAUAAAAAGUUAACAUUAUCAGAACAAGCCCAGACAUUCUGGUUACAAUGGGUUGAGGCCUCGUUCCCUGAUCUCGACUCUGACGCCUACUUCCUGCCUCCUGUCUACUUCAACCGCGUGCCGAUGACCAGCGAGUCCAUUGCUGGUGAGAGUAUUGUGGUCCUUCAGCCAGCACCUGGAAAGGCCGGUCAGUCCAACAAACAAGCGAUGACUCCACCUGCUGCUGGUCAGGCUCGUAGUCCUCAAGCUACUGGAGUUCAGGACAGUGAUACCAGAGACGAUGCCGCCAUGCAUCGGGUUCUCAUGUGUCUGCAGACAAUGUCUAAACAGAACAAAGAAGUUUUGGUAGGACUUAGUCAGCUGAAGUUCGGAGAGUACUUGAGUGAACCUUGUUACUCAGCCGCAGUUGCCCAGUUACCUGUAGCCCUCAGUCUUCCGUCGUGUCUGCCCCGAAACUGGAAACAAGGAGACUUUGAUGUACUUCUUCUUCACCGAGAUUUUGGUUUGGUCGUACUUGAGGUGAAGACAUUUGGUGACAACCUACAGGAACUGAAAAUGUCACAGCAGGAAAUAGAUAAUCAAAUAAAAAAGAAGCUGAAACAGGCCGCGUCGCAGCUGGACAAGACGGAGGCCAUGUUGUCUCACCUGGUGUCCGACAUCGCUCCCGGUCUGCGCAUCACUAAGACCAUCGCUUUCCCCAACCUCACGGCUCAUCAAGUACAGAAGGCUAUAGCUGGCGACACCCAAUUGACUCAAACCCUGUGUCAGUGUCUGGGAACAACAUCAGACCCGGCCGACAUCACAGGUGUGUGUCUGUGCUGUGAUCAGUUGUCUGACCCCAAUACACCGCAUGACGUCAGUAGUCACGUGCUGAGGGAACUCGGACACUGGUGGCAGCGACGCGUGGCUGGGGCUGGACCUGACAGUCACAUGACACGUGAAGUGUACAAAACUCUUGUCGCCAGGUAAAGACAAGAAUUGUAGUGCAAUAUGAUGACACAAAGUCAACUUGUGUAAAUAUUUUGAUGUACCGGACAAAACGUCUGUCGUGAGAAACUUGCUGGUUUAGUUUUUUUUUACUUAA